GGAAGAACCCGGGCCUCUGCGCUCCUCACACAGCCCAGGCCAUCGUGGAGGUUGGUGCUGCCAGGAGGCUGUCAGCUACGGAGGACAAUGACCUUGCAGACACCACCGCCUGAGUGAGAACCAGGGGUCUGUGCCUCUCCUCAUUACCCGCUCUUGCCCUGGUCAAGCCUGCACCAGCAUGUCAGGAACCUCCAAGGAGAGUCUGGGGCACGGGGGGCUGCCAGGGUUGGGCAAGGCCUGCUUAACCACCAUGGACAAAAAGCUGAACAUGCUGAAUGAGAAGGUGGACCAGCUCCUGCACUUCCAAGAAGAUGUCACAGAGAAGUUGCAGAGCAUGUGCCGAGACAUGGGCCACCUGGAGCGGGGCCUGCACAGGCUGGAGGCCUCCCGGGCACCGGGCCCGGGCGGGACUGACGGGGUUCCCCGCGUUGACACCCAGGCCGGGUGGCCCGAGGUCCUGGAGCUGGUGAGGGCCAUGCAGCAGGAUGCGGCCCAGCAUGGUGCCAGGCUGGAGGCCCUCUUCAGGAUGGUGGCUGCGGUGGACAGGGCCAUCGCUUUGGUGGGGGCCACGUUCCAGAAAUCGAAGGUGGCGGAUUUCCUCAUUCAGGGGCGUGUCCCCUGGAGGAGAGGCAGCCCAGGUGACAGCCCUGAGGAGAACAAAGAGCGAGUAGAAGAAGAGGGAGCAAAACCAAAGCAUGUGCUGAGCGCCAGUGGGGUGCAGUCUGAUGCCAGGGAGCCUGGGGAAGAGAGCCAGAAGGCGGACAUGCUGGAGGGGACAGUGGAGAGGCUGCCCCCCAUCAGAGCGUCAGGGCUGGGAGCUGACCCCGCCCAGGCAGUGGUCUCACCAGGCCAGGGAGAUGGUGUUCCUGGCCCAGCUCAGGCAUUCCCCGGCCACCUGCCCCUGCCCACAAAGGGGGAAGCCAAGGCUCCUGAGACACCCAGCGAGAACCUCAGGACUGGCCUGGAAUUGGCUCCAGCACCCGGCAGGGUCAGUGUGGUCUCCCCGAGCCUGGAGGUUGCACCAGGUGCAGGACAAGGAGCAUCGUCCAGCAGGCCUGACCCUGAGCCCUUAGAGGAAGGCACGAGGCUGACUCCAGGGCCUGGCCCCCAGUGCCCAGGGCCUCCAGGGCUGCCAGCCCAGGCCAGGGCAGCCCACAGUGGUGGAGAAACACCUCCAAGGAUCUCCAUCCACAUACAAGAGAUGGGUACUCCCGGGGAGAUGCUGGUGACAGGCAGGGGCAGCCUUGGACCCACCCUCACCACAGAUGCUCCAGCAGCUGCCCAGCCAGGCAAGCAGGGCCCACCUGGGACCGGGCGCUGCCACCAAGCCCCUGGGACUGAGCCCGGAGAACAGACCCCUGAAGGAGCCAGAGAGCUCUCCCUGCUGCAGGAGAGCAGCAGCCCCGGGGGAGUGAAGGCAGAGGAGGAGCAAAGGGCUGGGGCCGAGCCUGGCACGAGACCAAGUUUGGCCAGGAGCGAUGACAAUGACCACAAGGUUGGGGCCCUGGGCCUGCAGCAGGGCAAAAGCCCAGGGGUGGGAAACCCUGAGCCUGAGCAGGACUGUGCAGCCAGGGCUCCGGUGAGAGCCGAAGCAGUAAGGAGGACGCCCCCAGGCGCCGAGGCUGGCAGCAUGGUUCUGGAUGACAGUCCGGCCCCGCCAGCUCCUUUUGAACACCGGUUAGUGAGCGUCAAGGAGACCUCCAUCUCUGCGGGUUACGAGGUGUGCCAGCACGAAAUCUUGGGAGGGGGCCGGUUUGGCCAGGUCCACAGGUGCACAGAGAAGUCCACAGGCCUCCCGCUGGCCGCCAAGAUCAUCAAAGUGAAGAGCGCCAAGGACCGGGAGGACGUGAAGAACGAGAUCAACAUCAUGAACCAGCUCAGCCACGUGAACCUGAUCCAGCUCUAUGACGCCUUCGAGAGCAAGCACAGCUGCACCCUCGUCAUGGAGUAUGUGGACGGGGGUGAGCUCUUCGACCGGAUCACAGACGAGAAGUACCACCUGACUGAGCUGGAUGUGGUCCUGUUCACCAGGCAGAUCUGCGAGGGCGUGCAUUACCUGCACCAGCACUACAUCCUGCACCUGGACCUCAAGCCGGAGAACAUAUUGUGUGUCAAUCAGACAGGACAUCAAAUUAAGAUCAUUGACUUUGGGCUGGCCAGAAGGUACAAGCCUCGAGAGAAGCUGAAGGUGAACUUCGGCACUCCUGAGUUCCUGGCCCCAGAAGUUGUCAACUAUGAGUUUGUCUCAUUCCCCACGGACAUGUGGAGUGUGGGAGUCAUCACCUACAUGCUACUCAGUGGCUUGUCCCCAUUUCUAGGGGAAACAGAUGCAGAGACCAUGAAUUUCAUUGUAAACUGUAGCUGGGAUUUUGAUGCUGACACCUUUGAAGGGCUCUCGGAGGAGGCCAAGGACUUUGUUUCCCGGUUGCUGGUCAAAGAGAAGAGCUGCAGAAUGAGUGCCACACAGUGCCUGAAACAUGAGUGGCUGAAUAAUUUGCCUGCCAAAGCUUUAAGAUCCAAAACUCGUCUCAAAUCCCAACUACUGCUGCAGAAAUACAUAGCUCAAAGAAAAUGGAAGAAACAUUUCUAUGUGGUGACUGCUGCCAACAGGUUAAGGAAAUUUCCAACUUGUCCCUAAUCUUCAACUCUGCUGCUCCAAUGGGUCCAGAAAUUACUGAGGCCAGUGGUGAAGUGAAGAGAUGACUCAAACAUUUAAAUAAUUUGGCUUUUUUGUAUUAUUGAUUCCACUUAUUUUGUAAAAAUGGUUAUGGCUGCUGCCUUCCUCGUGGAUGAAAAGUGGCUGUAAAGAAGCUUCCUAAGAACGUUUUUUUCUGCCUUGUAAGAUCACUACGUGUGAAAUGCUCUGUGUACCUUUCAAAUAUACCUACUUUUGGUGGUAAGUGUAGGGAUGCUUUAGGUAGGUACUUUGCAUCUGCUGAAUUUAAAUUCUAAACUCACACUGAUUGAAGAACGCAGUAGACUACUUUGCAGGGGCCAUGUUAUUCAGUAUUAUCUCCUCCAGUACAAAGAAUUCCUAGAAUUUUGAUUUGCUCGGGUGUGAGCUGACAUUUUAUUGUACUACUCCAUUCUUGAGUCAAGCCAUGUGGAUUUAGGACAGUGAUCUUCAAACUUGCUUUAACUUAUGCUCCCUUUUGAGAAUCAGCAUCACUUGAAAUGUCAAAAUAUGUCAACUGUCAUAGCCAAAUCAGAGAAGUAAUCAUUUUGAGUGCGCUUUUUAAAUCUCCACACACCUCCACCUCUCUCCUAAUUCUGCCUGUCUUAACCCCUCUGUCUUAGUUAUAAAUUUCUGGUCUUGUAAGUCUGGAAGCUGAUAGGCAAUUUAUGAAAGACAUAAGAAUGUAAUGAGGUUCAGCUUUCUGAGAAACACAGAAAUGAUACAUCCUGAGACAUAAAGGAAAGCUGCUCUUCUGCUGCCUCAGGCUGUAGCACUUUCAAUGUUGUCACUCUACACAUACACUUCCUAUAUACAUGUACAGUUGACCCUUGAACAGGGUUUGAAUUGCAGUCAACUUAAAUGUGGAUUUUCUUCCACCUUUGCCACCCCUGAGACAGCAACACCAUGCUCUCCUCUUCAUCCCACUCUGCAGCCUACUCAACAGGAAGAUGAUGAAGAUGAACACCUUUAUGAAACCCCAUCUCUACUAAAAAUACAAAAAUUAGUGGGGCAUGGUGGCGGAUGCCUGUAAUGUCAGCUACUCUGGAAGCUGAGGCAGGAGAAUUGCUUGAACCCGGGAGGUGGAGUUUGCAGUGAGCCAAGAUUGCACCACUGUACUCCAGCCUAGGCAACAGAGCAAGACUCCGUCUCGAAAAAAAAAAAAGAGAAUACAGUAUAUGUAUAUAUACACACACACAAACACACACACACACAAACACGUAUGUGUGUAUGGGUGUUGAUUGACUGUUGAUAUUAUUGAUAGGGCUUCCAGUCAACAGUAGGCUAUUAGUAGUUAAGUUUUUGGGGAGACAAAAGUUAUACUCAGAUUUUCAACUGCAAGGGGGUAGGCACUCCUAACCCUCACAUUGUUCAAGGGUCCACUGUACAUUUAAACACUUUUCUAUAUGCAUUAGAGUAGCCCUGUCAUCCCUUCGCUGAAAUCAUACUGUUCUCAACAUGGCAAGCAACUAACACUUUUUUUUUUUUUUUGACAGGGUCUCACUCUGUUGCCCAGGCUGGAGUACAGUGGUGUGAUCUUGGCUCACUGUAGCCUCUGCCUCCUGGGCUCAGGCGAUCAUGAGUAGCUGGGACUAUAGGUGCCCGCUACUACACCCAGCUAAUUUUUGUAUUUUUAGUGGAGACAGGGUUUUGCCAUGUUGCCCAACCUGGUCUUGAGCUCAAGCGAUCCACCUGCCCCAGCCUCCCAAAGUGCUGGGAUUAUAGGUGUGAGCCACCACACCCAGCUUCAACUAACACAUUUACGAACUUGUAUACAUGUAUAUUCAGAUACUUUACCAACUUGUAAAAUGGUUAAAAGGAGUACUUUAUUAUGAAAAAACAUACAAUCUUUUAAAUUUCCUUACUUCUACAUGAUUUUUGUGCUAUUCUCAUUUUUUUCUCAGGUGAGCAGCUUUAGUUUUUUAUUUUUUUUGAGACAGUCUUCCUCUGUCACCCAGGCUGGAGUGCACUGGUGUGUUCUUGGCUCACUGCAACCUCUGCCUCCCAGGUUCAAGUGAUCUUGUGCCUCAGCCUCCCAGGUAGCUGGGAUUACAGGCGUGUGCUGCCACGCCCAGCUAAUUUUUGUAUUUUUAGUAGAGAUGGGGUUUUGCCAUGUUGGCCAGGCUGGUCUCGAACUCCUGACCUCAGGUGAUCCACCUGUCUUGGCCUCCCAAAGAGCUGGGAAUAUAGGCGUGAGCCAUUGUGCUCGGCCUCAGGUGAGCAGCUUUAGUCGAUAUUGUGAAUUUUAGAUUUUAAUUAGACAUGCAACAGUUUCACCACCUUUCAGGAUUUUUGUCCCGUAACAGAGGCUCUUGCUUUUUGACAGAGAGGUAGGCAGGUGGAGAGGUUAUCCUGCUGCUGCAGUUCUCAAGUUGUUAAGUUUCCUCUGGAAGGCUAACCCUUGUUGGGAACUAACAGUUUCAGUACCAGCAAGUCUAGGCCUGCUCCAAGUUGGUCAGCUGAAGAAUGAACAUCAGAAGACACAGCUGCUGGAAGUUGUCCUUUGAUGAGACAGUGAUAGUGAUUUGGUAAAAUGUCUUAUUUUUUAAAUGUCAGUUAUCUUUCUUUAAAAGGUUUUUUGAGGGCAGCUUCCAGAAGGAGCUAGAGAGUAUAUUUUAUAGUUCUAUUGUGUUCAUACCCUGUUUUGGACUUAAGAUUCUGGAGAAUGCUAUGAAACAUCUCCCCAGAAAAAGGUAGUUAAUUACCAUAUCUAGAGCAGCACUGCCCAACAAAAAUAUAGUACAGGCUAUACACAUAAUUAAAACAUUUCUAGUAGCUUCUCUAACAAAACCCAUUGAAAAUCAAUUUUAAUAAUUUAUAUAACUUAGUGUAUCAAAAAUAUUUCAAUAUGUAAUCAAUAUAAAAUUGAGAUACUUUACCAGCUACUAGGGAGGCUGAGGCCAGAGAAUCGCUUGAACCCAGGAAGUGGAAGUUGCAGUGAGCCAAGAUCACACCAUGGAACUCCAGCCUAGGCAACAAGAGCAAAACUCCAUCUCAAAAAAAAGAGAUAUUUUAUAUUCUUUUUCUCAUACUAAGUCUCCAAAAUCUGGUAUAUUUUACACUUAAAAACACAUGUCAAGGCUGGGCAUGGUGGCUCACAUCUGUAAUCCCAGCACUUUGGGAGGCCAAGGUGGGCAGACUGCUGGCCAACAUAGUAAAACCCCAUCUCUAAAAAUACAAAAAUUAGCUGGGCGUGGUGGCGCACACCUGUAACCCCAGCUACUUGGGAGGCUAAGGCACAAGAAUCACUUAAACAGGAGGCGGGGGUUGCAGUGAGCUGAGAUCACACCACUGCACUCCAGUCUGGGUGGCAGAGCAAAACUUUGUCCCCACCCCCGACAAAAAAAAACAACAAAAAAAAACCUGUCAAUUCAGAUGCUAGGUUUUCAUCAGACGUACUUAAUCUGUAUUUAGAUUUCUUAAAACUUACUGUGGAAAAUGUAUUUACAUACUCAAGUUGUUUGAAACAUAACUCACAGUUUUCCAAUAACUGAAGUAUCCACUUUUACAUGUAUUAAAAUUAAAUAAAAUUAGAAAUUCAGUUCUGCAGUUGCACUAGCCACAUUUUAAGUGUUUAAUAGCCACAUGUGGUUAGUGGCAUCUAUAUUGGAUAGGGCAGAUCUACAGAGAAUCCUGUAUCUACCAAUUUUAAUUUUUUUCCCUUUAUGUUGUUAUUCCUUACCUAGAGAAACAAUUUCCCUCCAAAGUUCCUUUGAGGGGGUCUGUUUAGGCCAGGCCCACACCAGUGAGCUAUGUAGAUUUUAGCAUCCUUGGUUUGAAAUUUGAGGUUUUAUGAAGCUUGAGUUUUUCUGGAUAUUUUUAGUACUUUGCUGGUGUGUACUUAGCUCAAAUAUUUGAUUGCAACUGUGUUGGGUCAACUAUUUCUAAUGGGACUUUUCCAUUUGCAUGUACAGUCACUGGAAACUGCUGGGCAGAGAAACUCUAAAAGGUAGUUGGGGCCCACUUUUUCCACCUGUCAGAUUGGUGAAGAAUUGGUGAGGCUGUGGGGAAAAUGGCAUUCUCCCACUUUUGAUGGAUAUGUAUCCAAAUAAAAGUCAUGCCCAUGCU